UUUUAUAAUAAUAAAAUGGAAAGUCUUACUAAAGCUAUCGAAGAAGAAAAUAUUCAGAAAAUCAGUCUAGAGAAGUCUGUCCUGGCAGAAGCUAAGGAGCAAAACGUCAUCACAUGCCAGAGCAUCCUCUAUAAGGGUCGUCCAGAUCAAGAAGUUGAGCCAUUGGACCCAGACUCCGAAGAAGUUUCAAACAACAGCGGGCUUGACAUUUGAUCGGACAAAAUCAGAGAUGAAAAACUUUUGAAAAGUUUGAAAUGCCUUAAGCUUUUUGAUAUAGAUUGGCUUUAUUUGGAAAGGAUUGAUUCUAAAAAUAGGCGUUGUGCUUUAAAUUUCUUACAAUCCUCAUUCCCAAAUAAAAUUAAGAAACUCGAUUUUUUAUCCAGGGGCCAAAUGGAUCUGAAAAGGUCCAAUUACUUAAAUUCCAUGACCAGACUCAGCUCCAAAGUCGUUCAACUAGUUUCCUUUAAAUCUUUCAGCAUUGGCCUGCCCCAACUCAAGAGGCUGGUGGCAGCUUUCAGGCAUGUGAGAACUUUAGUGUUGGAAUAUUGCUGACUAUCUAUCCCAAGUGUUCCUGAUUUGUCAAAGGCUCUGAAGAACUGCCAAAUCCAGGAAAUAUAUUUGUUCGAAUGAGGAGACUCGUCUAGAAGUGACUGGAAGAACAACUUCAACGAGUUCGAGAACUUGGUACAAGGGUUAGCAAGCUCUCCAGAUUUAAGAUUGAGUCUUGAAAAAGUAAAUAUCUUUUUCUGCAGAGUAGACCAAAACAAAGUUGAACAAGUCUUUGAAGAAAACCAGCUUGGAGGAGUGAAAAUAAUUGCUAAUUAUUAAAUUUUGGCUAAA